CGAGGGAGACGCGCGGGCUGGGCGCUGCCUGCCGCUGAGGGUCGCCAUGGCGGGGGCGCUGGGCCGCAAGGCCGUGGACUAUCUGCGCAGCAAGGAGUUCAGGGACUACCUCAUGAGGUGACACUUUUGGGGGCCAGUUGCCAACUGGGGGCUUCCUAUUGCUGCUUUUAAUGAUAUGAAGAAAUCGCCAGAAAUUGUUAGUGGCCGAAUGACAUUUGCACUGUGUUUUUACUCCUUGGCUUUCAUGAGAUUUGCCUAUAAAGUGCAGCCAAGAAACUGGCUUCUUUUUGCAUGCCACUUCACUAAUGAAAUUGCACAACUUAUUCAAGGAGGACGACUGAUCAAAUACAGGUUUGAGAAAAAGAACUAAAUAUCUAACUUGAAGUAAGCCAUGGAAUAUGCUUAUCCUGAAUUACAACUAAGGAAGACUUGCCAUCUACAUUUGCUGUGACAAUUACAGUGGGGUUAAAACAAACACCUAUUAUGAAUGACCCCACCAAGAAUCCUUCUACUAAUUUUUUUUAUCUUGCCUCUUGAGAGUGGUAUUCAGCAAUGUAAACCAUUGCAUUUGAAGUUUUGCUGCCUUACAGGUCCUUAAUAACUACCCUUUGAAUAAAAAGUUAGACAUCUGAAUAACAAGCAAUAUUUGAAAAUCAACUUUUUUAUCUAACGGUCUACAAAAGCGGUGUAUGAUGGCUUAGUAACUGUAGGUGGUAUUAACAUUCUUAAAAGCCAUUUAACUUGGGUGCAUUCAUUCCUAUUUUGUCUCUUUUUUUUAACUUGGGCAGUGGCUUGCUAAUCUACAAGAACAAAUGUGUAGUUAGGCAGCCUGGAAGUGACCGGCCAUCCUUCUUCCCUUACUGCAUGCCUUGUCUCAGUAAAGAGACUUCAUUAAUACCCAUUUUUUAAGUCGCACAUUAUUUGAAGAGGACUUGGAAGAGCAAAAUCAUAGCACUGAAUAAAUGAAAGCAACAAGGUCUGGUACUGUUCUUUAAGAAGUUCUAAGUAGAUUUUAUUUUUCCUACUAUUUGAGUUGCUCUAGAUGUAUGUAAUCCUUACACAGACAAAAACUUAACUUGUUUGGAGUCUAAGAUCUGAAAGACACAAGGUGCCUUUCAGUAGUUUUUGAUCUCACUGGGAGAGUGGCUUCCCUGCAUGACCUGCCUGAAAAUUACAUUGCUGUAAAGAUAUAGAUAACAAAGAAUGUAUGUGAUGGAUUUUAUUUCAGUUCAGUGUUUCUGAACAGUAAACAUGUUCCAAAUGGCAAUAAAUCCUUUCAACAUUUUGAAAA